CAAUUACUCCUUUCCUUGGCGCUGCGCAUGAAAAAUCUCGACUUUACAACCCAGCAAUAGUAAACUUUAGUGCGAUAAUGAAUGGCUUUAUAAACAGCGAAAGAAAAUCCGUUCGUUAUUUUAAGAUCGAAAUUUAUUUUUGACACAACUUACAUCGACUUUGUGUUAGACGACGGACGCGCUAGAUAGUGAAGGUGAACCAUAAACGACCCCAAAAAUCUAAAUACUGAUAAUUUUUAAAGAACUCUUAUGGUUUAUUAUCGAAGACAUAAAACGUGCGUGUUUAGUCGAACCAAUGGCAGCGGAAAAAGUUGAUCCAGUGCUCAAAGACAGAUGCAAAGAACUCGACCUCGACCUUGACACCCUCAAAGAAAUCUCUCGACGAUUCCUGAACGAUGUCCACAAGGGCCUCCGCAAAGACACCCAUCCCACAGCCAUUGUCAAAUGUUUCGUAACUUAUGUCCAGGACUUACCCAAUGGCACCGAAAAAGGAAAAUUCUUAGCUCUAGAUUUAGGCGGGACAAACUUCCGCGUCCUUUUGAUCGAAUUAAGUAAAGACCAUUUCGAAAUGAGAUCAAAAAUUUACGCCAUUCCUCAGCAUAUCAUGUUGGGCUCUGGGGAGCACCUUUUCGAUCAUAUUGCCGAUUGCCUCGCUUCGUUCAUGAAACAAGAGCAAGUCAUGGCCGAGUUGUUGCCUUUGGGCUUCACUUUCAGUUUUCCCCUGACGCAAAAAGGCCUAACUAAGGGGAUUCUAGAACGGUGGACGAAAGGAUUCAACUGCUCGAAUUGUGUAGGAAACGAUGUUGUACAACUGCUCAAAGAUGCUAUAGCGAGACGGGGGGACAUCCAGAUUAAAGUCUGUGCCAUCCUGAACGACACCACCGGCACCCUCAUGUCUUGCGCGUGGAAAAACCCCAAUUGCCGCAUCGGCCUAAUAGUCGGAACGGGCAGUAACGCCUGUUACGUGGAAGAGCAAAAAAAUGCCGAAUUAUUCGACGACGUGAACAAUGGUUCCGGAAAGGUCGUAAUCAACCUCGAAUGGGGCGCUUUUGGUGACGACGGAGCUCUCGAUUUCAUCCGAACCGACUACGAUCGUGAUGUCGAUGCAAAUUCGGUCAAUCCCGGGAAACAACUGCACGAGAAAAUGAUUUCGGGGAUGUACAUAGGGGAGUUGACUCGAUUGGCUUUAGAGAAAUUCACAAAAGAAGGGUUGCUUUUUGAGGGGAAAGCCUCGGAUGCCUUGUUCACACGAGGGAAAUUUUAUACCAAAUACGUGUCAGAGAUUGAGGAUGCCCCUCCAGGGGAAAUAACAAGUUGCAGGGAAAUUUUAGAGGAGAUGGGGAUUUAUCAUGCCACGGAUCAGGAUUGUAUCAAUGUGAGAUAUGUGUGUGAAUGCGUGUCGAAAAGAGCUGCAGAUUUGGCGUCGACAGGGAUUGCCACUUUGUUGAAUAAAAUGAACGAAUCGAAGGUCACAGUGGCCAUUGAUGGUAGUGUCUACAGGUACCAUCCACAUUUCCAUGACCUUAUGAUGAAAACUAUUUCGGCUUUGGUCAACCCGGGAAUUACGUUCGAUUUGAUGCUGUCGGAGGAUGGAAGUGGACGUGGGGCCGCUUUGGUCGCCGCUGUAGCUUGUCGAACACAACAAAAAGAAUAGAAAAUUAGAUUUCUCGGGAAUUACAUUCGAGACGAUUCUGUAGCCAAAUAUACAUAAAUCUAUUUUUGUUAAAGUCGAAUAAAGAUUAAUUUAUUUGU